AACAAAAGAGGAAAUAUCUUAAGGUGGAAGAAAUAAAAUAAAAGAAAAAAAGAGAGAGGUGAGGUGGUUGAUUCGUGGAUCUAUUUGAAUCAGAGGGAGAGGCAGAGAGACAAAACCCUUUUUUUCCUCUUCCCCGAAGCAAAACCCUUUCUUCUCCUUCUUGGCGGCUGCGGCCAUUUUCUUCUUCUUCUUCUUCUUCUUCUUCUUCUCUCUUCUAUCUCUUAAACCCUAGAUUCGAUCUGGGUUUUUCCUGAUUCCGUUUAGGGUUUCACUAUCUUCUUUUUUUUUUACUUCUUCUUCUCCCUAUCUUUCUUUUUGGUCGCAUCCCCUUUUAUCCGAGAAGGAUCUAUCCAAUCUUUGUUUGUCGAAUCUCGUCUCAUGGCUACCGUUGCUCCUCCUGCUGAUCAAGCUGCAGAUCUGUUGCAGAAACUAUCCUUGGACUCGCAAGCAAAAGCUUCAGAGAUCCCUGAGCCUAACAAGAAGACUGCCGUCUAUCAAUAUGGAGGCGUGGAUGUUCAUGGUCAAGUUCCUUCUUAUGAUCGAUCUUUGACACCAAUGAUUCCCAGUGAUGCCGCUGACCCUUCAGUUUGCUAUGUUCCUACUCCCUACAAUCCCUACCAGUAUUACAAUGCAUAUGGGAGUGGUCAAGAUUGGACUGACUACGCAGCUUACACCAAUCCUGAGGGUGUUGACAUGAAUUCUGGAAUUUAUGGAGAGAAUGGAACUGUUGUGUAUCCUCAGGGUUAUGGGUAUGCAACAUAUCCUUACUCGCCAGCGACAAGCCCUGCUCCACAGCUUGGCGGGGAAGGGCAGUUGUAUGGUGCUCAGCAGUAUCAGUAUCCUAGCUAUUUUCCAAACAGUGGACCGUAUGCUUCAUCUGUGGCUACUCCUAACCAGGCGGAUCUCUCUGCAAACAAAGCUGCUGGUGUGAAGACACUAACUGCGGAUAGCAAUAAUGUUGCUUCUGCUACUGGUAUCACAAAAGGAAGCAAUGGAUCAGCUCCAGUGAAACCAACUAACCAGACUACACUUAACACCUCAAGUAAUUUGUAUGGUAUUGGUGCUCCAGGAGGUGGUUUCGCUGCUGGUUAUCAGGAGCCUAGGUAUGGCUAUGAUGGGUAUUAUGCUCCUGUGCCGUGGCAUGAUGGCUCUAAGUACUCAGAUGUGCAGAGACCUGUUUCUGGUAGUGGAGUUGCAUCCUCCUAUUCUAAGUCUAGCACUGUACCUUCAUCAAGGAAUCAAAACUACCGCUCUAAUUCUCAUUACACGAGUAUGCACCAGCCUGCAUCAGUGACGGGCUAUGGUACAGCUCAGGGAUACUACAACAGGAUGUAUCAAAACAAGUUGUAUGGUCAGUAUGGUAGUACAGGGAGAUCUGCUUUGGGUUAUGGUUCUUCUGGGUAUGAUUCAAGAACCAAUGGAAGAGGAUGGGUGGCCACAGACAACAAAUACAGAAGCUGGGGAAGGGGUAACAGUUACUAUUACGGAAAUGAGAACAAUGUAGAUGGUUUGAAUGAACUUAACAGGGGACCUAGAGCUAAAGGCACAAAGAACCAGAAGGGAAAUCUAGAAGAUAGCUUAGAGGUUAAGGAGCAGACUGGAGAAUCAAAUGUAACCGAGGUUGGGGAGGCGGAUAACACAUGUGUUGUUCCUGACAGAGAACAGUACAAUAAAGAAGAUUUCCCCGUGGAUUAUGCAAAUGCCAUGUUCUUUAUCAUCAAGUCGUACAGUGAAGAUGAUGUGCAUAAGAGCAUUAAAUAUAAUGUUUGGGCUAGCACACCAAAUGGAAACAAGAAGCUUGCUGCAGCAUACCAGGAAGCUCAGCAGAAAGCUGGGGGCUGUCCCAUCUUUCUCUUUUUCUCGGUCAAUGCAAGUGGACAAUUUGUUGGUCUUGCUGAAAUGACAGGACCAGUUGAUUUCAACACAAAUGUGGAGUACUGGCAGCAAGAUAAGUGGACUGGCUCUUUCCCCCUCAAGUGGCAUAUUGUGAAGGAUGUUCCAAACAGUUUGCUGAAACAUAUUACCCUUGAGAACAAUGAGAACAAACCUGUUACCAACAGCAGAGACACACAAGAGGUUAAGUUGGAACAAGGACUGAAGAUUGUGAAAAUUUUCAAGGAGCAUAGCAGUAAGACUUGCAUUUUGGAUGAUUUCUCAUUCUACGAGGUUCGACAGAAGACUAUCUUGGAGAAGAAAGCCAAGCAAACACAGAAACAGGUCAGCGAAGAGAAGAUGACCGAUGAAAAAAAAGAAUCUGCAACUGCGGAUUCAGCGAGCAAGGAAUCUCCUUCAGCUGUUCAAACUUCCAGUGAUGUCAAGGUUGCUGAGAAUGGGUCGGUUGCUAAACCAGUUACAGGCGAUGUGGUGGCAAAUGGUUGCUAGCUUAGAGGAUGGGUCGCUCACGGCAUGAGCAUAAAACGGACAAGAGACGAAGAUAUGAACAAUCCUGUUUACAGUUUCUCUUGAGAAGAAGACAGCCGUGAGCCUUGAAGCAUGGAAGGAGCUUUAGUACCUGAGACGGAUCCGUUUCUUUGCCCUUAGAAGUUUUAAAUCCCAGCUAUUUUUUUUUCAAUCAUUUCUUGUUUUCAUUUUUCCUUUUCUUUAAAAUCGCAGUGUCGUUACAAGUUUAUUUUGGUUUAUUUUUUUCUUUUCAAGUUUCAUUUUCUGUUGAUUCUACCCUGUAAGAAAUUAGUGGGAAGAAUUAGAGAAAAGGAGAUAAAAGCAGGGUGGGAUUUUGUUUUUCAAUUUCUGUUGGAUUUAUAGGCAGAGUUUUUUCAGUUUUCCUUUCAUUUGUUUCUUGUUUUGGUUUCAGACUUGACUCUGUUGAGUCCUUUAGAAUCUAAGAUGGUCUUUUGCCUCUCUCUGUCCUGUUUUUGUUUGUGUCAUUCUCCAAACUUAUCUGAAUCAAUCCAUGUUUAAGAUUUUCAAAAUAA